ACUAUUUAACAUAUGGCAACUUUGUUUUUCCUCCAAAAUGGCCGGUGUUGUUUUUGUUAGGUUGAAUGCAUUCUUGUUUUCUUAGCCAUCGUUUAUGAGUUCUGUGGCCCUAUUAAAGUAUUGAAGAGUCGAGUCAAAUUCAAGUUCAUUCCUUCGUACCUGCUGCUGUUCUGGUUCAUCGGAGUUUUGUUCGUUCCUUCGUGAAUCGCGAAGAAACUUUCUGUUAUGUUCACAAGUGAUCUGAGUUUUCUCAAAGUGCAAAUGCUUUUUUAGUGUUGUUGAAAACUUUGCGAAAAGACGCUUUUGGUGUAUAAUAUUAUGUGUGUUCAUAAAUAAAGUAAAAUUAUUAAAUUGAAAAGUUUUUGUUUAUUUGCAUUUCCAUGUGCAAUGUAGAAUUUUUCCAAAUCCAUUGUUUUGAAAAUAAUACAAUACGUACACCAUAAAGAUAAAUACUUUCAAAAUAAUGGAUUUGAAAAAAUUCUACAUUGUACAUCAAAAAAACAAUAAUUCUUUGAAGGUUAUGAGGGCCUAUGUGUGCGUGAACUGUGUGUAUGUGUGCGUGGACUUUAUGUAUGUAUGUGUGCGUGGACUAUGUAUGUAUGUGAGCGUUACGUACGUAGGUUAAGUACAGGGAAUUUAACACCAGGCUGUCAAUUAGUAGGUUCAAAAAUUUGACAGAGAGGGUUCUCUAUUUCCUAUGUAUUACUUUUCUCUAUGACAACAACACUGUUUUGAUUUUUGUCGGAAUCACGUCAGAAUGAAUAAAUUCCCUGAAUUUCCGUCCUUUUUGCGAUUGUAAAUAAAAAUGUCUUUGUAAUUUUGAAUUAUAACAUCUGUAGCAUCCGGUAUAAAAUUUUUAAAAAAUGCUCGCGCGACGUGUAAUACGCCGAUCGCGUGUCUUUUGUUCUUUACACGUUUCGUAUACAAAACGAUCAAAAGGUACACAAAGUAACAGCGUUGAUAGCCCCCUGCGGCAGCUACUGAACGACUCAAGCGGAUUCGCCGAAGCUACAACCCUCGAGCCAGAGCUGCAAUGGGCGACGCAGCCGUACGCGGCGCGGGCGCCGGGUCAGGCCGAGACCUCGCUGCGGGUGGACCCCCAGGAGACCAGCGUGCUCCUCUUCCCUGGGCAAGGAUCGCAAAAAGUGGGCAUGGGCAGAGAGCUACUGAAAUUUCCUGCAGCUAAAGAUCUGUAUGAUUUAGCUUCUAGUGUUGUUGGAUGGGACGUGAGGAAGGUGUGCGUGGAAGGGCCGGCGGAGGAGCUGGACCGGCGCUGCCAGACGGCGGUGCUGGUGACGUCGCUGGCGGCGCUGGAGCGCGCGCGCGACGAGCGGCCGGCGGCGCUGCAGCGCGUGCGCGCCGUGGCCGGCUUCUCGCUCGGGGAGAUCACCGCGCUCGUGUUCGCUGGCUCGCUGACUUUUGAAGGAGCUCUGCGCCUGGUGGAGCUGCGCGCGGCCGCGAUGCGCGCGGCGGCGCGGGAGCGCGCGGGCGGCAUGCUGACGCUGUGGCUGGCGCCCGACGCGCGCCUGCCGCUGCUGCUGCUGCGCGCGCGCGAGCGGGCGGCCGAGCGCGGCGUGCCCGCGCCCGUGGCCGUGGUGGCCAACUACCUCUUCCCCGGCUGCAAAGUCGUCGCCGGAGACGAGGAGGCGCUGAAGUUCAUAGAGAGGAACGGGUCAGAGUUCGGCGUAAAGCGCGCGGCGCGCGUCCGCGUGGAGGGCGCGUUCCACACGCCGCUGAUGGCGCGCGCGGAGGAGGCGGUGCGCGCGGCGCUGCGCUCGCUGGAGGUGUGCGCGCCGCGCGUGCGCGUGCUGUCGGGCGUGGACGCGCGCGCGCUGGCCGACGCGGGCGCGGCGCGGCGCGCGCUGGCGCGGCACGUGACGCGGCCGGUGCGCUGGGAGCAGACGCUGCAGGCGCUGUACGCGCGGCCGCGCGGCGCGCGCUUCCCGCUGACGCUGGCGCUGGGCCCGGGCGGCGCGCUGCGCUCCACGCUGCGCCAGGUCAACGCGCGCGCCUGGGACCGCUCGCUGCAGAUCGACGCCUAGCGCUCUAGCGGGGCGGAGCGGAGCGAUAUAGUGUAAGGAAACAGUGAUAACGUAUGCCGUUGCCGAAUGUUGUGUUUUACCAAAAAAUAAUAAACUCUGUUACGCAA